CGUGCGCAGGGGAAGAGAGCACUGCUAUCAGCGGGGCCAGGCGACUUCCAGCUUGCCAUGGCCUCUGGGGCACCUGGGGAGCGGUUGCGCGAGGAGGCUAGGUGCCCGGUGUGUCUGGAUUUCCUUCAGGAUCCGGUCAGCGUGGCCUGUGGCCACAGCUUCUGCCUCAGGUGCAUCUCGGAGUUCUGUGAGAAGUCUGACAUCGCGCAGGGCGGCCUCUAUGCCUGCCCGCAGUGCCGGGGCCCCUUUGGGCUGGAGAGCUUUCGGCCCAACCGGCAGCUGGCCAGCCUGGUGGACAGCGUGCGGCAGCUGGGGCUCGGCGCGGGGCCGGUGGGAGUGCGCCUGUGUGCGCAGCACUGCGAGGAACUGACCCUCUUCUGCGAAGUGGACCAGGAGGCACUGUGCUGGGUCUGUGACACGACUGCUGAACACAGGAGUCACCACACCAUGCCUCUGCAAGAGGCAGCUCGGUGUUACCAGGUAAAGCUCCAGAGGGCCCUGGAAAUGGUAAGAAAGAAGAUGGAGGAGGCCUUGACUCAGGAGGUCAAUGUGGGGAAGAAAACUAUCAUUUGGAAGGAAAAAGUGGAGAUGCAGAGGCAGCGCUUCAGGCUGGAGUUUGAGAAGUAUCGUGGCUUCCUGGCCCAUGAGGAGCAGCUCCAGCUGCGGAGGAUGGAGGAGGAGGAGCGAGCCACCCUGCAGAGACUGCGGCACAGCAAGAACCUUCUGGGGCAGCAAAGCAAGGCUCUGAAGGAGCUGGCUGAGGAGCUGGAGGAGAGGUUCCAACGCCCAGCUCUGGGGCUGCUGGAGGGUGUGAGAGAAGCAUUGAGCAGAAGUAAGGAUGUCACACAGCUGGAACUGGAGAACAUCCCCAUGGAGCUGAAGACAAUGUGUCACAUCCCUGGGAUGAGGGAAAUGUUGAGAAAGUUCCAAGUUGAUGUCAAGCUGGACCCUGUCACAGCGCAUCCUAGCCUCCUCUUGACUGCUGAUCUGCGCAGUGUGCAGGACGGAGAGCUGUGGAGGGAUCUCCCCAACAACCCGGAGCGAUUUGAUACAUGGCCCUGUGUCCUGGGUUUGCAGAACUUCUCCUCAGGAAGGCAUUACUGGGAGGUCAUGGUAGGAGAAAGAGCAGAGUGGGGUGUAGGUGUCUGUCGAGAGACGGUGCUGAGAAAGGGGGAGACCACACCCUCUCCUGAGAACGGAGUCUGGGCCAUGUGGCUGCUGAAAGGAAAUGAGUACAUGGUCCUUGCCUCCCCAUCUGUACCUCUCCUCCACCUGGAACGGCCUCACUGCAUUGGGAUUUUUUUGGACUAUGAAGCAGGUGAAAUCUCCUUUUACAAUGUAACAAAUGGGUCUUACAUCUACACAUUCAACCAACUGUUCUCUGGUAUUCUCCGACCUUACUUUUUCAUCUGUGACACGAUUCCUCUUACCUUGCCACCUAUGACAGAUGUGGAGUCAGAAAAUUGGGCAUCCAGGGGUCAUCUUUACUCUGCUUCUAAUGUUGGACAUAAUCAUUCCUAAAAUUCUGUUCCUGAGAAUUUUAUGCCUAGCAAGUUUUCCUGGAGUGGAAUCGGGAGGAUGCAAAUAUGCUAAGCCCCAAAAUGUCCCCAUUUAGAUCAGCACUUUAAUCCUUAUUGCUAUAGACAUUUUUCCAUGAGGACAAAACAGAAAAUGUGAAAUAUUUGCAUCUGGAGGAGGAUUAUAGAGCAUAAUAAUUUUAGAAAUGCAGCAAUCUCCUCAAGUCUUUCCAGGUGGUGCUACAGAUUUU